AUGACGGAUACGAAAGAAACGCGCGGACAUUGGGCAUCGAAAACCGAGUUCCUCCUAUCGUGCAUUGGCUAUGCGAUCGGGUUAGGCAAUGUGUGGCGAUUUCCGUACCUUUGCUACCGGAACGGUGGUGGCGCAUUUUUGGUGCCGUAUCUGCUGAUGCUUGUCCUGUGCGGUAUACCAUUGUUCUUUCUGGAAACGUGCCUCGGCCAGUUUAGUGGAACGGGGUGUAUAACGGUGUUCAAAAUCGUCCCGCUGUUCAAGGGUGCCGGUAUUGCGAUCGUGGUGAUUAACUUCAUCUGCACCGCCUACUACAAUGCAAUCAUUUCCUAUCCGCUGCUCUUCUUGUGGCGUUCGCUGCAAGCCCAUCUACCGUGGGAAACGUGUGGCAAUGCCUGGAAUACGGUGCGAUGUCUGGAGCUGCGCGGUGAACAACAGGUGGAACUAUUUCUCAACAACAGUGAAUUAAUGGUGACGGAUCGCUACCGUACACCAGCGGAUGAGUUUUUCCAUAACGAAAUUCUUCACAUAUCGGACAGUAUCGACCAUAUGGGAGGCAUCGUGUGGCCACUGUUGGUGUGCGAUGUCAUCGCCUGGAUAGUGAUAUUUUGCUGCAUUGCCAAGGGUGUCCAGUCCGUCGGUAAGGUAGUCUACUUCACAGCCACCUUUCCGUUCGUGAUCCUUGCGGUGCUGCUAGUGCGCGGUGUGACACUACCGGGUGCGAUGGAAGGCAUCAAGUUUUACAUUAUGCCACAGUGGAGUCAGCUGCUGAAUCUUCGCGUGUGGGCAGACGCGGCUGUACAAAUUUUCUUCUCGCUCGGCCCAGGCUGGGGCGGCAUAGUCAAUAUGGCGAGCUACAAUCACUUUAAAAACAACACCAAAUUCGAUUCGAUCAUCAUACCGAUCGUGAACUGUGGCACAAGCAUUUUGGCUGGCUUUGUGGUGUUUUCGGUGUUGGGAUAUUUUUCACAUCAAACGGGUCUUCCAGUAGCAACGGCUGCCACCGGUGGUCCGGGAUUGGCUUUCAUCACCUACCCGGAAGCGAUCAGUAUGCUGCCGCUAUCGCCCCUGUGGGCCUGUCUGUUUUUUAGCAUGUUAUUUUUUCUCGGAGUUGAUAGUAUGUUCGUUCAAAUCGAAGCGAUCGUUUCCUCGGUGCUGGAUGUAUUUCCCAUCUUGCGUUCAAUGAAGCUACUGAUAACGGCCGGGACAUGCGUUCUACUCUUCCUGGCGUCACUUGCCUGCGUUACGCGGGGUGGCAUGUAUUUGGUACAACUGUUGGACUGGUACUCGGCGUCAAUUUCGGUGAUACUGGUUUGCAUCGUAGAGGUCAUUGCCGUCGCAUGGAUAUACGGGUGUGACAGGUUUGUCCGCGAUGUCGAGUUCAUGAUCGAUCGUAAGGUGGAACGAUUUUGGAUAAUAUCGUGGAAAGUCAUCACUCCGAUCGUGCUGACCUUUAUUUUCAUCACAACAAUCGUGUACAACACUGAGGUGUCUUAUAAUGGUGUGUCGUAUCCGCGAUGGGCGAUUGGAAUCGGUUGGGCAAGUUGCGUGGUCUCCAUGCUGUGUAUUCCAGCGUUUGCCAUUUACAAGCUGGUGUGUACGAAAGGUUCUUUGAUGAAGCGUUUGAAAAGUCAGCUACAACCACAAGAUUGGGGUCCGGCCGAUACAUAUCAGCGUACAAUGUGGAGUGACAAUGUGGAAUGCGUUCAGAAAGGUUCACGCGUGCAAGAGAAUGACAUUAAAUAA